GCCGGUACCUGUUUCUCGAAGCGACACGCGCUCUGUCGUCCUCGCAGAACACUCGCUCACCCCACUCACCGACAUGCACACACAUGCGUACACCGAGGAAACAUAGACACACGUAUGAAUCUACACAGGCGCGUCGUUCGACUCGACAUACGUUCUAUCCUGUACAUAGAGCAUGACAUAUAAAGACGAACUUUCAAAGAUAUAAAACGGACAUACAUACAGACACACACAUAUACAUACACACACAUGAGCAGGCAACCACAUGUCUGGUCACACUGUGUACACGCGUACGCGAGAGAGCGAGCCGCACAACGAGUGGUCGUCGUCGUCUUCGAAUUCGUCGCUCAUUGUCGCGCGUCGUAAUCACAGAAGGAAACGAGCCUGCCCUGAAACGAUCGUAACCACCUGCCGAAAUUAUUCUGGCUGACCGACCGCGAAGCCAAUCGUCUAUUUUCACCUACGAACCGAUGAUUAACUGUGAAGAUUAAUAACGAGAUAAGGAUAGAAGAAUUUGAUCGGUGUCGAUCGGUGGAAAAGUUUGCUCUUCCGUCGCUCCCUUUCAUCGCAGCACGGACAGGUGACUCGAAAUUACUUGGUCGGUCUGUUGUCGUUACGAGAAGUUCCGCUAAUCGGUUCACGACGUGCAGGCUUCAUCCGGCGAGCAGCGUGCACGCGAGGAAAAAUUAACGGUGAAAAGUUAGCCUGAUCCCUCGUGUACGGGUCGUGAACCCUUUGUUCUGAAAGGGCGACGACGAACUUUGAAGUCGGGUUCAUCGUACCACUCGAAAAACGGAGACAAGUUCUGAGCCUGUGGUAGAAGCCUAAUAUAAAAAAAGAAACAGUGAUCUUCCUGAAAAAAAACAAAAGAAAGAAAAAAAUACACAUAUAUAAAAACGUCUAUUUUUGUUCUGGUUUCCGUUCGAAUACGGGCCCCCAUUGUUUCCCGGCCUCGUGGUUAUUAACGAGACGGCAAAAGAAAGAAACAAAGAGCUAAUAAUAAAUUGUAAUUGUUAGAAGAGAGAGAGAGAGAAACACACUUGUUAAAGAACGACAUCACUGCACCGACAGAGAAGAUUUAAAUAUUUCUUUACGUAUAUAAGAGAAGCACACAUAUCCUAAUGAUGUUGACGAUUCAUAGUAUAUUUUGAUCAUACUGAGAGAACGAGAGAGAGAGAGAACGUGUGUAUGUGAAAUUAGAGAGAAAAGAAGAGAUUAUAAAGCAACUGACAAAUUUUGACAGGCACAAUAAUAAAAGGAAGUUCGUAGAGUUAUUGAAGCGUAGAUUAUCGCUAAAGUAGUAAGAGAAGAGAUAAAGGAGACGAGGAUCAUCUUUUGUGCUGAUUACUUAUUAAUUGCCCCUAUGCCUGCCGCAUUUUACCGACGUGACAGAAGCAUGUACGACUGUGGCAUGGUCCCUGAUCGACAGAUCUCGACGUUAGUGUCGCACAGGGAACGUCCGCUAUGUUCGGACAGAAGUCUCCGUGCGGUCGCCAGAGUCGGGCAAGCAGUGAACCUGGCGGUCGAAAGAUUCGUCACUGUUGGCGAAACAAUUGCAGAUGACAAUCCGGAAAUUAAGCAGGACAUGUACGAGGCGUGUAAAGAGGCAAGGGUUGCUGGUUCAGCAAUCGAGAAAUUAUGCGAGUGCGCGAUGGAGGACAGUUUGGCCGAUCGUGGCUCUGUCGUCAGGGCUGCGAGAUGUCUUCUUGGGUCUGUGACGAGAGUCCUCCUUCUGGCUGACAUCGCCGUGGUCAAACAGCUUCUUCUCGCGAAAGACAAAGUGGCUCGUAGCCUGGGUCGCCUCGAGAGCGUUUCGAAUUUCACCGAAUUCGUGAAGGCAUUCAGUCAGUUCGGGGCUGAGAUGGUGGAACUGGCUCAUUUGACUGGUGAUCGACAGAAUGACUUGAAAGACGAGAGACGGAGGGCACAGAUGGCCGCAGCUCGCCAAGUUUUAGAGAGAAGCACUAUGAUGCUGCUCACGUCCAGCAAAACCUGCUUGAGGCAUCCGGAAUGUCCAUCUGCCAGGGAGAACAGAGACACCGUUUUCUGCCAGAUGAGAAGAGCCAUGGAUUUGAUACACUACGUGGUUAAAGAUGGGGUGCUGGACUGCAGCGAGUCACAAUCCUAUUCCAAUUCGCAGAGCCCACAGCAGGAGGACUGGGACAGCAGCACUGCUUUCUCAGCUCUGAAACAUUUCGAGAGACUCGUGGAAACUACGAGAAUGACUCUCCUAGGACCAGGUUGCCGGGAAACUCUCACAUCCGCGCUGAAUACUGUCGUCGAAAGGACCCAGGACUUCACUGAUAGCGCUUACACGAGCCACGAGCACCGAGAGAACAUCCUUUUGCUCUGCGAUCGUGCGAAACUCGAGCUCAAUACCUUAUUGCGGAUCGGUAACAGCAUGAAUUACGAAGGUGGAGGUGGAUCCCCAAGCUCUGAGAUGGAACAAGCUGUGCUGGGUGUGUUACGAACCACCAGGGAUCUUCGUCAGCAGCUAUGCACCACGACGAUGGAACAAGCUGGUGACCUUGGACAGGUAACCAAAGCUGGACAAGAACUUGUGUCAACCAUCAGGAAUCUCGCUCUGGCUAAUGACAUAAAUCGUCUUCAAGAGGGCAGCGAUAGAUUUCACGAGUACAUCGAUCAUAUUCUUGAAGUUUGCAAAAUGCUGAGACACGUUGCACUCUCGGAAUCACUGCAAGUUUCAGCAAAGUUCACGGAAAUCAACUUGAGAAUAUACGGUCCCCAAGUGGUAACAGCCGCUCACACGUUGGCCAGACAUCCCACCAGUAAAAUCGCUAAGGAAAACCUAGAAGUGUUCACCGACAUGUGGCAAUGGCUCAUGACCGAUGUGACCACAGUAGCGAAAGAUGUGCUCGAGUUGAACCAAAAUCGACCGGAGAAACAAGUUUACAUGUCUCUGCCGCGGCCAGGAAAACACGGCACCACCAGCAAACCCCUAAAGCCCGUGCGACUGGACAGCGAGGAACAGGCCAAGAUCGCAAAAGCCGGUCUGGAGAUGAAGCUGAUCACAUCCGAGAUGGACGCGGAAACGGAGAAGUGGCAGGAAAGCGGAAGCGCCCUGGAGGAGAACAACGACAUCGUGAAACGCGCGAAAAACAUGUCGUCCAUGGCGUUCUCUAUGUAUCAGUUCACGAGAGGCGAGGGUGCAUUGAAAACAACCCAAGAUCUGUUCACCCAAGCUGAGUAUUUCGCUGAGGAAGCGAACAGAUUGUACAAAGUUGUGAGACAAUUCAGCUAUCAGGUACCAGGGGGCCCGCACAAGAAAGAACUUCUGGAAAAUCUCGACCGUGUGCCGACAUACGUUCAACAACUUCAAUUCACCGUGAAGAAUCCCACAGUCGGGAAAUCCGCCACAUUUACGAAAGUCGAUAACGUGAUACAAGAGACUAAGAAUUUAAUGAACGUGAUUUCGAAAGUGGUCACCACAUGUUUCGUCUGCGCCACAAAGCACAAUAUCACGAUGCCGCAGUACGUGGAGCUCAGUCCGACAACAGUGCCCGGCCUGGGCGAAGAGGAUUGCUUGUAUCCGGUUAGCCCGCAGUUGUUACCCUCAACGAGUCCCUACGUACAUCCUCAUCCUUUAACCUCAGCCCAAUUACACGGUAUCUUAAGAGCGCCAGGUUUAAAUUUUCCAUCCUUCGGUCCGUCCAUCGUGCCAACUCCCACGUCGAACACCGGUCCACGUAAUUCCGCGUCCUUCGUUCACCCCUCGGUCCUACCCUACUCUUCGACGACCGCAACGUCCAGUUGCGGACCGCAGGCACCCAAUUGUCUGCAGAAUCUACAGAUGCUGCAGCUGCAGCUGCACCACGCACAGCUGCAGCACUUAAGGCACGCCACUCUGCCGAGAUAACACAGACAGAUCUUCGUCGCACGGCGAUGCUCGCGCGUAUUCGCGACGAAGCGUUGUUCUUUACGUUGCACAGUACAACCUGGAUUUCCGAGGUCUGUCGGCGCGUGGGGCCGGCGGCUCGCCGUACAGGGGCGGAGAGGGUGC